AUGAGCGAACAAAACCUAAGCGCCCCCGAAAUAGAGGAAGUCAAAAGGCUCCAAGAAAAGGUUUUAGGAUUUGAAAACCUACUCCAGGCCUUUCAGAAGAGCCAGUUAGAGCAAACCCAGGCACUUGCAGCUUUCGUAUCGCAUAUUGGGGAUGGCAAAAAGAUCAAUACCUCUGCUGCGAAUAUUGACGCCAAUAUCAGCACUAGUUCCAAAGCCAAUGCCAGCCCUGGUAUCAGUCUCAACAAAGAUACCGGCUCAACUAUCAGUAGAAUGCCCAACACGAAUAUCGGCUCCAGUACCGAUACCAGUAUGGGCCGGAAAAACUCAGCGAGCUCACAGUAUCUACAGGUUCAGCGGAAAGCACUUAAAUCUGCACAGCAACCGCACAAUACUCAGAAUCUUGCUCGCGGCAAAACCGUCAGUAAAGCAGCACCUUACUUAGGAAAUGUUAGCAGUACUCUGCAAACCUUUGACCAAGAUAUCAGUAUAUGGGCAGAAUUAAGCGGGAUUGAUGAAGAUGCCUUGAAAUCAAAUAUGAAAAUACUCGAGGAAAGAUUCAUCAAUAUAUCGAUUCCAGAUCCUAAAGCAGCCAGUGACGAACUGAGACAAGCAGGAUUCAAUUUCUCUUGGGUUCCUAAAGAAGGAUAUGAGGAGGAGGAUAAACCGGAUGACUUACGGCUCCCCGAAUUCCUAAGUCUUGUUGGCGGCGGCCAUCAAUCGGUCGAUAUACACUUACGGGACUUUACGGAUAGGUCCUGUGAGAAAGUGUUGUACUAUGAAGCAACGGACUUUGAAGGUUUAUGGCAGGCGCUUGCCAGACCCAGAAAACUGGGGAUGAAGCUCAAAAAUACGAGGAUACGUCCUGGCUGGGAUAAAAUUUCUGCUUAUGAGGCAAUAAAUGAAGAUGGAGAGAAUAAUCUCACAUAUGGACGUGAGAUGUUGGUAUCUCCUUGA